UUAAGCUUAGAGGGAUUCAUGCUGGUACCCCAUCUUUUGGAUGCUAAGGUUCAGAGUGGGGGAUUUAUAUCAUAGCACCAUCCUUACAUGUUUUUAAGGCCCUGCUUGACAAAGCCCUGGCUGGGAUGAUUUAGUUGGUGUUGGUCCUGCUCUGAGCAGGGGGUUGGACUAGAUGACCUCCUGAGGUCCCUUCCAACCCUGAUAUUCUAUGAAAUCAUUCAGGUCUUUAACUGCUACAAGCAGGGCCCCAGCUUUAGAUAGGAAGGUGAGAGCCACAGUAGGCAGCCAAUGAAUGAGUCCUGCCACUGCCCUGAGUGGGGGAUCGAAGCAGUGAGUAAAAAUUAGGCAGCAUCUCCCCCAAGCGAUGCCCUGGCUGCACCUCUGCCUGGCUGGGGGCAGGUGGCCUGUGCCAGGCAGCCGUGGGCCUGCUGAGGGGGCGCCCCACGGUCUCGGGGUGGAAUAGAACCCAGGCACCCGCCUGGCGGCAGGGCGCCCCCUAGAGGCGGGAGCAGGCAGAGCAGCGGGCCCGCCAUUUUGUUUGGCGCUGUUUCCAGGGAGACCAGCGAGGCUCCGGCCGGGGCGAGCGGCCAGCAGCGGCGAUGGCGGCCGCGGGGCGCUCCGGCCUGGAGGAGCUGCAGCUCACGGCCGAGGAGGUGGAGCGGCUGAAGGGCGCCUUCCGCGACGAGCGGUUCCGGGCGCUGCUGGCGGAGUACGCGGCGGAGCUGGCCGACCCGGAGCAGCGGCGGCGGUACGAGGAGGAGGUGACGGCGCUGGAGCGGGAGCGCGGGGUGGAGGUGCGCUUCGUGCACCCGGCGCCGGGCUACGUGCUGCGGACCAGCCAGGGGGGCGCCCAGCGCUGCUACCUCAACGUCUGCAGCAGCCCGCUGCUGGGCCGGCCGCAGGCCCGCGCCGAGCCCCGCGGCCACCGCUGGGCCCUGCCCUACAGCCUGGCCCCCGGCCGCGAGGAGCUGGGCCGCGCCGGCCGCCGGCGCCUGGUCUACGACGUGGUCUUCCACCCGGAGACGCUGCGCCUGGCCGGCCGCAGCGCCCGCUUCCGGCGCAUGGUGAGCGACACGGCGCUGGAGGCGGUGCAGAGCCGCUUCGGGGUGCAGCUGGACCGGGCCAACGCCGUCCCGCUGCGGGGCACCGCCUACAAGGGGGUCCCGCAGGCCUCCGUCAUCCGCACUCCGCUGCCAGGGGGCGCCUCGCCGCCGGCCGAGCAGCCCGACUCCCCGCUGCCCCCCUUCCCUUCCCCCUACUCCUACCCCGCCAGCAGCGCCCAGCAGCAGCAGCCGCCGGCCCCCGCCGCGCCGCCCGGCCCCCAGGGGGGUGCGGGGGCUCGGCCGCCGUCCCCCACCACGCCCCGCUGGAGCCUGCGGCACCGCUCGUACGUGGACCUGCAGGACUAUCGCUGCUGCCGGGACUCGGCGCCCAGCCCGGUGCCCCGGGAGCUGGUGGUGACCAUCGAGCUGCCGCUGCUGAGCUCCGCCGGCCAGGCCGCCUUGGAGAUCCGGGGGCGGGAGCUGCGCCUGGACUCGCAGCGGCCCGCCUACCGCCUCCGCCUCCGCCUGCCCUACGCGGUGGACGAGAACCGCGGCCAGGCCACCUUCAACAAGGCCAAGCGGCAGCUGCUGGUCACGCUGCCCGUCCUGCCCCCGGCCCCUGCAGAGCCCAGCGGAACGAGCCCGGAGGAGCCCGAGGCCGGCCUUGCUACGGGCCAGGAGCAGCGGGAAGAGGCAGGCCCGGCAGCCGGGGAGGAGGAGAUCGAGCUGCCUCCAACUGAGCAAGCGUGUGCGCCAGGCGGUAGCGGCCGGGCCCCCAGCAGCCUGACUCCUCCCGGGAGGCCGGUGUGCCCCGGCAGCAUGGAUCUUACCUCGUGCACCGCCACCAGCAGCGAGGCGGAUCCUCCCCUGGCACCCAGUCACGGCACAGAUCUUCCCACCUGUCCCAGCAACAGCCUGUGCCCUGCCGUGCCCACCGAGUGCCUUAGCCGCAGCGGCUUCCGAGAGCUUCCUGCGGCCCCCAGCAUCUUGGCCGCUCCGGUUUGUCCCCGCUUCCAGUGCUCCCAAGACGAAGACUCUCUGACCCUGCUCUUGCAGGUGCCAAACAUCCAGCCAGACAGUUUGAAGGGGGAAGUCGGCACAAAUCACUAUAGAGUCGGUUUCUGUUCCAAGGACGCUGCUUCCUACUCCUUCCUCUUACAGUUUCCUCUUGAAAACAAGCUGACUCCCCCAGAGACUGGUAUUAAUGUCUCCCCCAACAACGCUGUAAUAGGACUAGCCAAAUCUCCUGAGAGUGCUGGACUUUGGGGGAAGAUGUACUUCGGUGUGAACAGCAACACUCUGCAGGAAAGGUUGUUUGUCAGUGAAGAAAAUGUUGAUGAAUUUCUGGGCAAUGUUUUGUGCCCUUCAUUCCUCAAACAGACAACACUGGAAAGCCAACCAUUAAUUGAAGUACUUGAUGUUACUGAGGUCAAAAGUCAAAUCAGAUUAAAGUCACAGGAGGUUAAACAGUGUGAACUUGGUGAAAAAGAACUAACAGUUAAUUCAGGAAGAGAUCAAGUUGAAAAAGAGAAUAGAAACGGCUCCAAAACAAAUAUAGAAGCCAACCAUAUUGCAGCUGACACAGCUGGAGAACAUAGUAUGGAAACUGACAUGACUGCUGGAUCUCUUACAACUGAUAAAACAAUAGGAGUAGUAGAUUGUAGUUCAGGCCAUUAUUUGCAGCUUGAACCUAUUGACACUAGUUUAGCAAUUUCUGGGAAAUCUCAGAUAAAUGAACCACAGAUAGAAUUUGCUUUCACAGCAGGCGAAAGUGCCACGUCCUCAGACUGUGAAAAGCAAGAAUUACUUCAUUUGGAAGAGCAGGCAAAAAUAAGAAAGGAUGAAGAGGUCAUGUCUUCAGAGCCAGCAGAAGAGAACAAACAUCCUUUGAACUGUAGACCAGUUUCUCCAAUUGUAAAGGAAAUUAAUAUGCAAGAUGGAAGUGUGCAAAUUGUUAGAGAUCACACAACACACUGUGCAUUAAUUUUUCAAAAUUCUUUGUUGUAUGAGUUGGAUUAAGUUAUGUCAGGAUUUUAAUUAUAAUGGUCAGUUUAUCAUCUGUAGUUCAGGCUUCUGGGUUUUUUGGCAUUUAAAUCAUUGCAUAGAAACCAGAAAUCUGAACCUGAGUCUGACAGCUUCUGUAAGAGGAACCGAUUUGUUUUGUUUUGUUUACAAGUCAACUUUUGUUGAUUUUGAUUUUUUACGUUUUAAACUUUCUUUAAAAUAAAAGUAUUUUCAAAAGAAAUGUUAAAUUGAGUAGAAAUUAAAACAUAUAAACAGCACCAGUGGAUUACUUUCCCUUCAAGAACUUGGACUCGGAUCUUGAUUAGUUGGGUAAUCUCUAAUGUAUUGAAGUUUUUUUAUAUGUUUGUGUAUGUACUGUGUUUUUGUAAUGCUUCUCUCCAGAUCUGGUGUCUUUGUUCAAUCUAAUGACAAGCAAUACCCAUCAUUUGAAGUAAAUAUUUGCCAGUACUCAUUCUGUGGAUUGUAAGGUUAGACUGCUAGUGAUUUUUGGCAAAUAGAAUUUUUCAUUCCAGGGAGAAGCCCUUUUUAAUUAGUCUCCUUAAAAUAAAUGUUUAUACUGCUAUCUUAUCCUCCUACUUUCCUUCAGAUAUACAGUAUCCAAAUACACCAAUGCAACCAUGUUUAACUAAUUUGUUUCUUUUUUGUCUAGUGUAUUAAAACCUGCAUUUUCCAACAUCUCUGCAUUUAUUCAUGUCUUCUAGUAUGGAGUCAAUUUGUCUAAAUUAUUCUUACCACUCAAAAUAAAUUUCUGGGGUUUAAAUAUGCUGCCUGUUGGGACUGCAUGGCAGUGGAAGAGCAACAAUAAGCAAGCAGACUUCUAAGCUUUGAUAUUAAACUUUCAGAUCCCUUUUCUGUCACUUUCCAAAAAACAACAAAAACCAGUUCCUUUACAAACUGUCGUACAUGCUGAAGAAAAUGUACUUCUGAACAAACUUAGGUUAAAUUUGAUUUACAGUUCAAAUCUCCCAUAAAAUUAGGUUGCUUACAUAGCUGUGCCAACCACAAGUACUGAAUUUUAUUGCUUGUGACAACUCUAAAAUGUAUAUACUGUACUGUGUUGGUUCCAGGAUAUUAGAGAGACAAGGUGGAUAAGGUAGUAACCUUUAUUGGACCAACUUCCUGUUGGGGGGAGAGACUUACGACGAAGAGCUCUGCAUAAGCAGGAACGUGUCUGUCUCUCUCCAACAGGAAGUUGAUUCAGUAAAAGAAACCACCUCACCCAUCUUCUCUAACUCUAAAAUUUGACAAUUAAAUUACCCAGAACAAUUUGUUUUGGCACACAUUGUUUUUUUAAAAAGUAAUAAACAUCCACAUAUUGAGAUGGCUUCAUAACAGUUGUUUCCUCUCCAGUGAAUACAUUUAAGCAAUUUAUUCACAUCCCAUAAAGGAAAGAAAAUUAACAGAGUUAUGUUGAAAGUUGUCUUAUCUAUCAGCACACAAGCAGUUUCAUUGAGCAAUAAUUAUUUUUAGACAGGAACAAAAGGCCAUUGACCCUCUAUUAUCUUAAUACAAGUGCAGUAGAGUUUUCUUCAGCCUUAAUGUAACAAAUUUAUCCAAUCACUUUUUUUAUUAAUGUCUGUAAGCCAUCUAGCUACAUGGACGUACUUUUAGAAUUCCUGUCACCCAAUUUUUUCAAGCUUGGUAUGUAUUUGCUAUGGUUUAUGGGGACUAGCUGAUGUUUAGAGAGUGACUGCAUUCCAGCUGUCACGUACAUUCCCACUCUGUACUUUGUCUAGGUCGUUCAGUGAAAUCUGUUUCAAGGCUAUUCCACAAAACUUCUUUAACUAGUAUUGAUAAAUUUGUAAUACUUCAAUGGUAAGUGACAUUUAAAAAAUGCAUCACUACAGUAAGAAGAGCCAUAUUUCACUUUAACAAAUGGCAUUAUUUUGUAUUGUUUCUGGCUUUCAGUUCCAGUUCAACAUAUGUUUUCAUUAAACAGUAUGUUUGUUCUUUUUAUAUGGCUGACUAAUUUGAAGGCUAAGUGUUGUGAUUACUUUCUUUCAAAUGAGGUAAUAGUGUUUCUCUAUUUUAACUCCAUUACUGAUUUUUUUUUUAAACGACAUUGAAUAGGUAAUGACAUUUGGUGUGUUUUUAAACCCUCUUUGCAUUAGAAAAAAAUGAAUUUUGUCAUAGCAAGAAAGAUUUAAACUAAACUAAUGUUUUUUUUUCAGAAUCAAGGACUUUCAUGGUAUUACAAAUUUGAAUUUUAUUUUGGCAGAACUGAAAGUAUAUUUCUACAUUAAACUGAGCAAUGAUUUGUCCCUUUUCAUAUAAUCAAAUACAUAGCAAAUAAGAGAACGCUCUUGCAGAUAUGCACCAAAUCUCAAGCAAGCCUAA